UAAAAUAAUAAUUUAUUUUACUUUAAUUUAAACGAAAAUCAAUACAAUCAAUGCAUGGAAUUUGUGUUCCUAAUUUAUGAAGACAUUUUGGCCUUGAGGAUGGACUAGCAAGAAUAUAAUACUCAAUAAUGCUAGAACUAACACAGUAUUCAAUAUAAUCACUUCACUAUUUGUAUAUAUCCAAAUAAAGUAGUUUUGCUAUUUAUAUUAUUAUGUAUAACAUAUUAAAAUUCAUAAAAUUAUUAUAUAAUGCUAUUUAUUCCAAAAUUGAGAGUGGACAAUGGAAAUGAACAUGAUAUAAAUUGAAUAGAUUUAUAGUUUUGUACAAAUAAAAAUAUAGUUUCAGUCAUAGUUAGCAACUACUCUAUGCAUUAUGCAAUACACUUCUAAAUGGCCGUACGUAGUUUAUCCUUUUAAUUUUUUUGUAUAUGUAUUAUUGUCAAUCCAUUUUAUUUUUACUCGUUCAUUUGAUGGCUCCAGUACUAAAUCCUCUAUAUACUUUAUACGUAUGUUGUACUUAACUUACCCGUGUCGUAUUUUACAAACUUUGGUUAUACUAUAUAUAUUGAUUUUCACUCCCUCAAAAAACAUAACAAAGGAACCCAAAGUUGAAUUUGCAUAUCGCCGGGACACAACCACAAUUUUGAUUUAAAUUAGUAAAAGAAAAAUCUAAAGAAUUUCCAACGUGGCUUUCAUUUUUUUGAAAUGAGUACUCUCAUUGGUGCAAUUGCAUUUGGGUCUGCACGUCAAUUUGCAAUUACAAAGUUUCCAUCGAUAGAGAUGCUCUAAGUUGACUUUGACUUUUUUGUUUGGAUUUGUUUUCUCCAUUUUUUAACCUUUUUCCGUUCCGUUGUAAUAUUGGAAGAGCAUGUUUGUGCAAAAGUAUAGUACAUUGACACGUUUGUUAAUUCACAAGAGUACAUAAAAAAAUACUAUUAACUCUUCAUAAUAAAAAGUAAACUACGAUAAUUAACGGCUAAGUAAAACUAACCAUAAAAAAAAUAACUAAUCACUACGUGCCAUCUGUCAAGAAAUCACUGCUAAUUAUUCUGUAACGUAGGAAUUAACUUUUUCAUAAUUCACCGGAUCCAUCAUAAACUUCCAAUAAUUUAUGUUCGAAAAAAUAGAUUUGGUUGAUGACCUCAAAAUUCCAAUUUCCUCUUUGUUACCAAAGCUUCCCCUUCUUCGUGCAAUCACAUUCGCCCACCGGCUCCUCAAAUCACUCACCCCACUCUCUCUCUCUCUCUCUCUCUGGCGUUUCUGGGUUCAUAGCAUCACACGAAUCUAGUCCUACUUUGUUCCGGAUUUCUAAUUGACUCUUCUUCAGCUGGGUUUGAAUCCUCCUCCGUUCCUUCCCACUAUAAAAAGGCUUCCUUCUCUGCGCUGCGCUAAUUCCCGGAGGAGAGAGAGAUAGUCAUAGUAGAGAAUUUCUCACUCUCUCUCCAAGCUUAGUAGUGCUAGCUUCCGUCAUUACCCUUUUUCUUCCUUUCCCACCCCUUCUUUUACUUUCAGCGACCGUCCUCUUCUUCGAGCAUAAGGAAGAGAUCCUAUAUUCGCAAAUUUCAGCUGGGUCGAGCUUGGUUUCAGCUGGAUUGACUUGGAGAGGAAGAGAGACGGAAAAUGGGGAUGGGUUCGCAAGAUGCAAUUGAUCAGCUGAGAGUUUUGAUGGAUCAAGUUGACGAGCCAUUGAAGCGGACUUACCAGAAUGUCCAUCAAGGAUAUGAAAUUGAAACUCUAGCGCGGUUCCUAAGAGCUCGAGAUUGGAAUGUUGCCAAAGCUCAUAAAAUGCUAGUUGACUGUCUGAACUGGAGAGUCCACAAUGAGAUCGACAACAUAUUAGCGAAACCUAUUGUUCCAGCAGAUCACUACAGAGGAGUGCGUGAUUCGCAGCUUAUAGGAAUGUCUGGUUACUCGAGAGAGGGACUACCUGUAUAUGCUAUUGGUGCGGGACUCAGCACAUUUGACAAAGCAUCUGUUCACUACUAUGUUCAGUCACACAUUCAGAUGAAUGAGUAUCGGGAUCAUGUAAUCUUGCCAACUGCAUCGAAGAAGCAUGGUCGACCCAUAACCACUUGUAUAAAGGUCUUGGAUAUGACUGGCUUGAAGCUUUCUGCACUGAACCAAAUAAAGUUAUUGACUGUCAUUUCGACAGUGGAUGACUUGAACUACCCUGAGAAGACAAACACCUAUUAUAUCGUAAAUGCCCCUUACAUAUUUUCAGCUUGUUGGAAGGUCGUGAAACCUUUGCUGCAAGAAAGAACAAGGAAAAAAGUGCAGGUGUUGAAUGGUAAUGGGCGAGAUGAACUCUUAAAGAUAAUGGACAUCUCCUCCCUUCCACAUUUCUGCAAAAGGGAAGGCUCUGGAUCAUCUAAGAACAACUCGGAGAAAAGCUCCGAGAGCUGCUAUUCGUUGGACCAUCCGUUCCAUCAACAGCUCUAUAACUACAUCAAAGAGCAAGCGGCGAAUAAUGCACCAACAGGACCGAUAAAGCAAGGAUCUUUCCAUGUCCGUGUUCCCGAGCCAGAGGCCGAAGUGAAAACCAUCGAGUCUGCGCUCCAGAAGUUCGAGAAGGGCAUCCCGAGAGGACUCUCUGGGUGUCUGGAUGACCUCAAAAUCAACAACUCGGAGUAGACAGGGAAAGGGUACAUCUAGGAAGAAUGCUUAUGUAGAAAUGAUUGUAUAAUUUGUCACGCUGGCAGUUUUUUAAAUUACCAUAUCUAAUUACUGCCAUCUGAUAUAGUAGAAAUGCUUCAGAGCAUUUGUAAGCCUUUAGAAUCAAUCAGUAGCAUUAAUCAGUAAGCUCCUUUCUUAUGAUGCUUUUUACCAUUGUAAUGAACUCAAAUGAGUUUUUCCAGCCUUGAGAAGAAGCAAUUUGGUCAAAGCUGAAACGGAUUUCUGGUCCUUGUACUAUCUUAUUUUGAUGAAUUCGUUUACAUAUUAUAAAUUCUAACAAAUACGUCUUUGUACU